AUGACGCGCAUUCUCUGCGUAGCUGAGAAGCCUUCCAUCGCGAAGGCAGUCGCCUACCAUCUCUCUGGAGGCGCGUACCAGAUCCAAAACACACGUGACACCUACAUAAAGAACUACUCGUUUGAUUUUGACUUUGGUGCGCCAUGGGGACACUGCUCGGUUACUAUGACUGCCGUAAAGGGUCAUCUCACCGCUUUGGAAUUUCCCCAAGACUUCAAGCAGUGGGAGUACCCGCCCCCCGAUCGCUUGUUCGAAGCACCUGUCCAAACGGUGAUACCGACGGACAACAAGCACAUCGCCAAGAACAUCGAAGACCUGGCGAGACGUGUCAGUGCGCUCGUCAUCUGGACCGACUGUGAUCGAGAGGGUGAGCAUAUCGGCAGUGAGAUCCGCGAUGCGGCGAGGAAAGGCAAUAGUCACAUCCAGAUCAAACGGGCUCGGUUCAGCAAUGUGGAGCGAGCACACAUUCUCUCCGCCGCCAGGAGACUAGUUGCGCUUGACGACAGGCAGGUUGAUGCUGUCGCCGCCCGCAUUGAGCUCGACUUGAGAAUCGGCUAUGCCUUCACUCGAUUCUUGACUCUGAACCUCCGAACCUUGGGGGGUGCCAUGUCUGAGCGCACAAUAAGUUAUGGAUCUUGCCAAUUUCCGACUCUCGGCUUCGUUGUCGACCGGUACUUUCGCGUCAAAAAGUUUGUGCCGGAGCCCUUCUGGGGAAUCAAGGUGAUGCAUGAGAGAGACGGCAUCAAGGUCAACUUCAACUGGUCGAGGCAUCGGCUGUUUGACCGCAUGGCGGUUGUAAUCCUUUACGAGAGAUGCCUCGCUGCCAGAUUAGCCAAAGUCACCAAAGUACAGGAGAAGCCAACCAAGAAGUGGAAGCCUCUCCCGCUCACAACGGUCGAGCUGCAGAAGAUGGCCACCAGGUUUCUCCGCAUAACUGGUCAGCAGGCCAUGACGGUAGCGGAGAAGCUAUACAAUAGGGGCUUCAUCAGCUACCCUCGUACAGAAACAGACCGCUUCGACAAGGGAAUGGAUCUCCGGGCGCUCGUGAGGAAACAGACCCAAGACAACAGGUGGGGUCAGUUCGCACAGGGCCUUGUCGAUGGAGGUUUCCAGCAGCCACGCCAGGGCCGCCACGACGACAAAGCCCAUCCGCCCAUCCACCCGAUUACCUAUGCAGCUCCGCAGGUCCUUGACGAGAAUGAAAGAAGGGUCUACGAACUUGUUACCCGCCGCUUCCUUGCUUGUUGUUCCGAAGAUGCCAAAGGCUUUGCCACCGACAUCGAAAUCCUUUAUGGAGAGGAGACGUUCAAUGCUCAUGGUGUCAUCGUUUUGGAGCGCAACUAUCUGGAGGUAUAUCCCUACGAAAAUUGGACCGGAACAGCCGAGCUCCCCAAAUUUACAGUAGGAGAGCGAUUUGAGCCCACCGAGGCUACGAUGACGGAGGGGAAAACCUCUCCUCCGGGAUACCUUACUGAAGCCGACCUCAUCGCUCUCAUGGAUGCGAAUGGAAUUGGCACAGAUGCAACCAUGGCCGAGCACAUUGAGAAAAUCCAGGAGAGGGAAUAUGCGAGGACCGUCGAACGUGGCGGAGGAGGCGCGAACCAGGUCGACGACAAUGACGCCGAGGACCCACCUGCGAGGGGCGGACGCGGCGGGCGGAGGGGCCGUGGUGGCCGCGGAGGUGGACGGGGCGGACGUGGCGGGGGCAACAGCCGUGGAGGGCGAGGUGUCAAGGAGUUUAUUCCGACCAGCCUCGGAGUCGCCCUGAUUGAAGGAUUCGAUCGAAUGCGCUUCGAGACGAGCCUCGGUAAGCCCUUUCUACGCAAGGAGAUGGAGCUUAAGAUGAAGGCGAUUUGCGAGGGCCGGACGACGAAACAGGUCGUGUUGCGAGAAAGCCUCACUCAAUAUCGGCAAGUCUACAACCAGUCGAGAGAAGAGCUCAACACUCUCAAAGCAGCCUGCCGGCAAUAUGUCUUCCAGAAUGGAGGAUAG